AUGGCACACACCAAUGGGGAAUUGGAGCCCUCGAAAGAGGUUCCUCAGGAAAACGGAGACCACGUGGAGGUUGCUGCGGAGGAUGAGAACGCUGGUGGUCUCUUCCAGAUCACCGUGAAGCUUCCUCAUGAACCAUACAAGAUCCAGGUUAUGGUUUCGAGCCAAGAACAGGUUCAAGAUGUUCGCCAAUCCAUCGUCGAGCUUCCUGGUACCUUCCAGUACACCUGCUUCCACCUGGAGCACAACGGCGUCCGCGUCAACGACUUCGUCGAGCUGUCCGAGGUGCCCGACCUGAAGGCCGACUCCGAGAUUGUACUUGUUGAGGAGCCCUACACCGAGAAGGAGGCCCGUAUGCAUGUGGUGCGCAUGCGCGAGCUGGUUGGUGCUGCUGGAGAUCGGACUGACAUCCUCCACGGUAUCUCUGCCGGUCUUUCCCUGCACGAUGCCAUCUCUGCGGAGGCCGCCCGUGCCGGUGAAUCGGAGAAGGAUCACUCGCUCGCCAAGUACGAGCUCACCGGUCCCUCUUCGCUCCAGACCAUUCUGCCCCAGUCUGAGGCCCCUCUUCCUAAGACAGUGAAGUCAAUCUCGCUUUCGCCGUGGAACCCUGUUCCGUACCACCUCCGCCAGAAGGGUCAUCUGCUUUACUUGCAGGUCCAGACCACCGAGGGCGAGCAGUUCCAGAUUACCUCUCACGUCUCCGGCUUCUUCGUGAACAAGUCCUCGAGCAGCCGUUUCGACCCCUUCCCGAGAACGAUCCCCAAGAAGGCCAGCGCCCACUCUCUUCUGACUCUGAUCUCCCUCAUCUCGCCUUCCUUCAACGCUUCCUUCGAGGCCCUGCAGGAGGCCAACAACCAGAAGGAUCUUUUGACCACCUUCCCCUUCCAAAAUGCCAUCCCCAACAGCCCGUGGUUGGUUGCCCCGACUUCUUCGGCCCUGAACGCUCACCAGCCCGAUAUCACCCGCUCACAGGAGAGCUUCUUGAUCUCCGGCGCGGACAACGCCGAGACCUUGCGUGACUGGAACGAGGAGUUCCAGACCACCCGUGAGCUGCCUCGUGACACCGUCCAGGACCGUGUGUUCCGGGAGCGUCUGACCUCCAAGCUGUUCGCUGAUUACAACGAGGCUGCCGCCCGCGGUGCUGUGCUGGUCGCCCGUGGCGAGGUUGCUCCUCUGAACCCCACCGAGGCUCAGGACGCUCAGAUCUUCGUUUACAACAACAUCUUCUACUCCUUCGGUGCUGAUGGUGUUGGCACUUUCACCUCCGAGGGUGGUGAUGAGGCUGCUCGCGUUGCUGUUGGUAAGGACGUCCUCGGUAUUAAGGCUGUGAACCAGCUUGAUAUUUCUGGCCUUUUCACCCCUGGUACCGUGGUUGUCGAUUACUUGGGCAAGCGUAUUGUCGGUCAGAGCAUUGUCCCCGGAAUCUUCAAGCAGCGUGAGCCCGGUGAGCACCAGAUCGACUACGGUGGUGUUGAGGGUAAGGAGGUUGUGGCCACCCACGAAGACUUUGUUCCUGUCUUUGAGAAGCUGUCGAAGGCACUCCGCAUUAAGCAGCACCCUGUUUGGGAUAAGGAUAACAAGCGCCACGAUCUUCAGGGCAGUGUUGAAACCAAGGGUCUGUUGGGAACCGAUGGUCGCAAGUAUGUUCUGGACCUUUACCGUAUUGCCCCUCUGGAUGCUCAGUGGCAGGAGGAGAUUGGUGACGGCGAAUACCCCCACCGCAUGUCGGUUCUGAGAUUGGAGUUGGUCGAGUCGUACUGGAGACACAAGAUGAGCCAGUACGUCAAGGCUGAGGUUGAGAAGCGCCGUGCCGCUAAGGCUGAAGAGGCACCCAAGGAGAAGGCCGAGGGUGAUUCCGAGGAGAAGACCGAGGAGAAGACUGAGGAGAAGACCGAGGAGAAGACUGAGGAGAAGACCGAGGAGGCUGUGGAUCAGGAGCGUGUUGACAUCUCUGGAUUCAACUUGUCUCUGAACCCCGACGUUUUCAGCGGUCAGGUCCCCCAGACCAAGGAGGAGAAGGAGCAGUGGGCUCAGGAUGAGCAGGAAGUCCGUGAUGCCGGUGACCACCUGCGGUCCAAGAUCAUGCCUGACUUGAUUAAGGACUUGCACGACGGUGAUGUUGGCUUCCCCAUGGAUGGCCAGUCAUUGACCCAGUUGCUGCACAAGCGUGGUAUCAACAUCCGUUACCUCGGUAAGCUGGCUCAGCUCUCUACCGAGAAGGGUGCCCGUUUGCAAGCUUUGUCCACUCUGCUGGUCCAGGAAAUGAUUGCUCGUGCCUUCAAGCACGUUGCCAACGGCUACUUGCGUAACGUUCCUGCUCCGUUCGCUGCCCCCUGUGCUGCUCACUUGCUGAACUGCCUCCUGGGCACUGAUGUCAACUCUGCCCCCAAGGCUGAGAUUGACCAGUCUCUGCGUGAGGUUUACCCAGAGGGUGACUUCUCCUUCGAGAAGGUCACUCCUGAGUCCCUCCGGACUGAGAUUGAGAAGCAGGUUACUCUGCGCUACCGCUUCUCUCUCGAGAAGGGAUGGGCUGGCUCCCUCAGACAUCUGCAGCUCCUGCGUGACAUUUCUAUCAAGCUGGGUCUUCAGCUUGGUGCCCGCGACUACGCUUUCAACAUCGCUGACGUCAAGGCACCGGCUCCUGCACCUGUCAAUGCCAACGGAAACAGCCACGAUGAGGGCAAGAAGCGUAAGGGCAAGAAGGGCGGUGACAACAAGGCUUCCCGCCCUGUGGUUGCUGAGGUCAAGCCUGCUGUCACCAUUCUUGCAGAUGAUAUUCUCAACAUUGUGCCAUUGGUCAAGGAUGCUUCUCCUCGCAGUGCCCUGGCUGAAGAGGCCCUGGAGGCUGGCCGGAUCUCCCUCAUGCAGAACCAGAAGCAAUUGGGCCAGGAGCUCAUUCUGGAGUCUCUGUCUUUGCACGAGCAAAUCUAUGGUAUCCUCCACCCCGAGGUUGCCAAGCUGUACCACCAGUUGUCCAUGCUCUACUACCAGACUGAUGAGAAGGAGGCCGCUGUGGAGCUGGCUCGCAAGGCUGUCAUUGUCACCGAGCGCACCAUGGGUGUUGACUCUGCUGACACCAUCCUUGCUUACCUGAACCUGAGCUUGUUCGAGCACGCCUCGGGCAACACCAAGACUGCUCUGGUGUACAUCAAGCACGCCAUGGAUCUCUGGAAGAUCAUCUACGGUGCUAACCACCCUGACUCCAUUACCACCAUGAACAACGCCGCCGUCAUGCUGCAGCACCUCAAGCAGUACGGUGACUCUCGCAAGUGGUUCGAGGCCUCUCUCUCCGUUUGUGAGAACUUGUUCGGCAAGGAGUCUAUCAACACUGCCACUAUCCUCUUCCAGCUGGCCCAGGCCCUGGCGCUCGACCAGGACUCCAAGGCUGCCGUUGGCAAGAUGCGUGAUGCCUACAACAUCUUCCUUGCUCAGCUUGGUCCCGAGGACCGCAACACCAAGGAGGCUGAGACCUGGUUGGAGCAGCUGACUCAGAACGCUGUCUCCAUUGCCAAGCACGCCAAGGAUAUCCAGGCUCGUCGUCUGCGUCGCAUCAAUAUCAACCCGCGUACCUCUUCCAUGGGCACUCGCGUUCAGCCCCAGGUUGGCCAGACCGCCCCUGAGACCGCUGGCACGGCCGGUGCCUCUGGCUCAUCUCUGGACUCUCGCAGCAUCGACGAGCUGCUGAAGUUUAUCGAGGGCGGUGACUCUAACGCUUCAGGCUCCAAGCAAAAGAAGCGCUCUGCUGCCAACCCCAAGCUCCGGGGCUCCAAGCAGUCCAAGGCAUAG